GUCCUGAGAGUAAGAAAACCGACAGGGACCGGCGCCUGGCCAAUCAGCGCCGCCAGGAAGAAGGCGGAAGGGCCCGCCCCCUGGGGCUCUGCGAGUGACGUUACGAGGCGAGGGGUCGGCAUCUCGGCCGCAGCACGUUCCCGCCGCCGGGUGGCCUAGGCUGUCCCGCCUGGACGCUGGCCCUGCGGCCAUUUUGAGCCGGGUUCGUCCCUGCCACCGUCUGCUGGGCCCUUCCGGGGACUCGCUGCGAGGCGUGGAAAGUCGUGCCGUCGCCGCGAGAGGCCUCUGCAUGGUGCCUCGAGCGGACUAGGACGCCGCCUUCCCGCCGCCGGGAUGGGCGCCGCCGCCGCCGCCGCCAUCUGCGCCGGCCUCUCCGGACUGCCGUCUGCUGCCCGCGGCCGAGGCCGCUGCCCCGGGGACCGGUCUGGGACGCCGACUCCGCCACCUGGCGAGGUCGGGGCCGUGUAGGCCUCCCCGGUUCCCGUCCGACCCGGCCAGCCGGGCCGCGCGCCUCGCUGACACCCUGCCAGGAGGAGCGGAGGCGAUGAUGGAGCCGGGAGCGGGCCUGCGCUUCUUCCCUCGGCGCUCGCCCCCCGGCGCUGCCGCCGAGCACCCCGGGGACCCCAAACCCGUGUCCUCGCCCCGGCCGGAGGAGGCUCGGCCUGGCUUCUGGAUGAAGCUGCUCUCCCAGCUCUUCGCGCCGCUCCCCGGCCUGCUGCAGAGGCUGCUGGUGUGGAGCCAGCUGCUCGGCGGGAUGGUCCCGGCGAGGUGGCUGGACUUCGCCGCGGGCUACAGCGCCCUGCGGGCCCGCGAGGAGCCGGCCGCCCCCUCGGGGCAGAAAUCGCUGGGUUCGCUCCGGCUGGGCCCCUCCUCGGUCGACUCGGCCGACGACCUUCUGGACCUGCUGGAGGAGGGGAUCCGCUGGGAGUGCCUGAUCCCCGAUCUGAAAGCCGCGGGCGGAGCCCUGCACCCCGAGGCCCGCGCCUCUCUCCUGGAGCAGCAGCUGUGGAGGAUGGAGCUGCUGCAGGAGAGCCUUCAGGCCCGGCUGUUAUCGGACCAGGACCUUGGCCAUCCGUCCUCCGGCCUGAAAAACACGCAUCGCGUAAGCAGUUUCGGCGCCGUCUCCUAUUUGCUGAACCCCUCUUAUCUGGACUGCCUGUCCCCGGUAGAACUUAGCGGCUGUCAGGACUUCUUCGCCGGUGGCGAGCUGGUGGGUUUCCGGACGCUGAGCCCGGAGGGCAGCUGCCUGCCGGAGGAGGACCCCUCUGCCCCCCGGCCGCUGGACGCAGACGUCACCCGCUCCCCCUGGCAGCGAUGCCCACCGCUCUCGAGGGAGGGCCUGCCCGAGAUCCACCACGUUCGCAUGAAACGGCUGGAAUUCCUCCAGCAGCCUAGCAAGGGGCAGGCGUUACCCACCCCCGACCAAGACCAUGGCUACCACAGCCUGGAGGAGGAACACAGCCUGCUCCGGAUGGACCGCAAGCCCUGCGGAGGCAGCCCGGCACCCUGUGUUCCUCCCGCUGGAGCCGUUCCCGGAACUGCCCCGGAGCCCACGGAGGAAAAAAAAGAAUUGACUCAAGAAGAGGUUCCUCUGGCUGCGGACAGACGGGAGCCGUCGGAGGGCCGUCUGUCCCGUGAGGCACCCAUGGAAAGGGACCCCGAGGAGGAGGACCAGGGCAGUGAGGUUGACUUCUCAGACCUAGAAGACGACCCCCCCGUGUCUGCCAGGCCGGCCUGCAGCAACAAGCUGAUCGAUUACAUUCUGGGAGGUGCAUCCAGCGACCCGGAAACAAGCUCUGAUUCAGAAGGUGAGGACUGGGAUGAGGACGACGGCUUUGACAGUGACAGCUCACUCUCUGAAUCAGACCUUGAGCAAGACUCUGAAGGGCUGCACCUCUGGAACUCUUUCCACAGUGUAGAUCCUUACAAUCCCCAGAACUUCACAGCAGCCAUUCAGACUGCUGCCCCCGCUGCUCCCGGAGACCCUUCUGACCCCCAGAAGGGUUUGUCUGACAAGUCCGAUCUGGGGAGCUCUCUCCAGACCGGAAGCCUUCCCGAGUCUCCAGACCUUAAUUCUGGGGCGGAAGAUGACUGGGAAUCUAGUGCAGAUGAAGCAGAGAGUCUCAAACUGUGGAACUCUUUCUGUAAUUCGGAAGACCCCUACAACCUUUUAAAUUUUAAGGCUCCUUUUCAAACAGCAGGGAAAAACGGGAAAGGCUCUCAGGACUCAGAGAGGCCACCUGAGCCCAUUGUGACCUUUUCUGAGUGUCACAGCUUGCUUUCCUGUAAGGUGCAACUGGUAGCGAGCCGAGACAGUGAGUGUCCGGACUUGGUACCGGGUGGGGUUCUUUCUGGAGGACACACGCGUAUCAAGAGAAAAAAGGUAACCUUCCUUGAAGAAGUUACUGAGUAUUAUGUAAGUGGUGAUGAGGAUCGCAAAGGACCAUGGGAAGAAUUUGCACGGGAUGGAUGCAGGUUCCAGAAACGAAUUCAAGAAACAGAAGAUGCUAUUGGAUAUUGCUUGACAUUUGAGCACAGAGAAAGAAUGUUUCAUAGACUCCAGGAAACAUGCUUCAAGGGACUUGAUGCUUUCUAGCCAUGUUCAGAUGAUGUAAUAGCUGCCAGCCCUAGCAUACACUAAGUAACUUACUUCAGAGGUUUCUUUUAAAACAAAAAUUGGCAGCUGUCCUUUGACCUUUUUUUUUUUUUUUUUUUAGAGGAUAUGUAACUUGGAUCCAGCAGCCUUGUUUAAUAUUGUUUUGCAACAUAUCCCACUCAGAAAUGUCUAGGUGUGAAGCCAAGCCCUGAUAAUGAAGGAUGAGAUGGUGUUUAAUC